CAAAAUUCGGAAGGAGUAACAGAUUACUGACCGAGGCUUAAAAGUUCUCCCACGAAACCUCCCCAAAUUGACAAAAGAAAAUCUAGAAGCUCAGAAAUGGAUUCAGAAACCCAGCAAAAAAUCGAGGAGACCGUCCUCGAGAUUCUAAAGGAUGCAGACAUGGAGUCGACCACCGAGUACAAGAUCCGAACCAUGGCGGCGGAGAGGCUAGGCCUUGACCUCUCCGUUCCCGAUCGCAAGCUUUUCGUUCGCCAAGUCGUCGAGUCAUUUCUCCAAUCCAAAACCCUAGAAGAAAAAGAACAGCAACAGAAAGAAGAAGAAGAAGCUGAGCAGCGAAAGGAAGAGGAGGUUGAGGAGGAGGAGGAGGAGAAUGAUGGAAAGCAGAAGAGAGAGUACGAUGACGAAGGCGAUCUCAUCAUCUGCAGGUUGUCGAACAAGAGGCGGGUGACGAUUCAGGACUUCAGGGGGAGGACGCUGGUGUCGAUCAGGGAGUACUACGAGAGAGACGGGAAGCAGCUGCCUUCCUCUAAAGGUAUAAGCCUGACAGCAGAACAGUGGGAGGCCUUCAACAAAGCAGUCCCAAAGAUAGAAGAGGCCAUUAAGAAGCUGGAAGGGGAGGACUGAGGUCGCCGUUAGAUUUUGCCUCCUAGUCUUUUGGGAACCACGAUUAUGUACUUUUUUUCUUUUUUUUUGUAUACUUUUGCUUGGAGAAAUUUGUGUUCUGAAAGCAGGAGACCUGGUUACUCUGGUGAAACUUUUGUCCCGUGGCUUCGUAGCUUAUGGCUUAUGCAACACUUUUGUGCCGUCCAUAAUAUAUAAAUAGCCUUGUUUGUUUCAAA